AUGACCACCACUACCACUGACCCCAACAAGAAGGGCAUCCCCAGCACCCCCCACCUCCACUACAUGACCCAAUGCCUCGCCCUCGCCCGCAAAGCCCCCGCCCUCCCAACCAACUUCCGCGUCGGCGCCCUCCUCCUCAGCCGCAGCACAACCGACACCACACCAACCUACUCCUCCGACAUCCUCCUCUCAACCGGCUACACAAUGGAAUUAGCCGGUAACACGCACGCCGAACAAUGCUGCCUAUCCAACUACGCCUCCGUGCACGGCGUGCCCGACGAGCAAGUCCACACUGUUCUUCCCCACAAUGACCCUGAGAGGAAACUUGUCAUGUACGUGACCAUGGAGCCCUGCGGGAAGAGACUCUCGGGCAAUGCGCCGUGCGUGGAGAGAAUCAUCAAUACGAGACAAGGUGGGGAGGGACGGGGCAUUCAGAAGGUGUAUUUCGGGGUGAAGGAGCCUGGGACGUUUGUGGGGGAGUCGGAGGGGGUGAGGAGGUUGGAGGAGGCCGGGGUGGAGUGGGAGGUUGUGCCGGGCUUGGAGAAAGAGAUUUUGGAGGUUGCGGUUGAGGGACAUGAGAAGGAGAAGAGGGAAGAGGAGGUGAGGAGCGCGUUGGAAGGGGUGAAGACGGAUGUUGAGCCGAGUGAGGAAGAGAGGAGGAGGCAGGAGACGCAGCCGAGGAAUCCAAAAAAGAGGAUGAUGGAGGGGGAGAUAAUGAUGUAG